GUAAUCCUAGAAUCUCAAUGUUUACAUGCCAUGGAAGGAUGAAUUUAUGAUAAAUGAAGGAGAAUCUUUUUACUCAACAUCGGAAUUAAUCUCAUCAAAAUACCCGCCAGAACUAUGAUGAUCUCAAAUGACCGUAAAAUCGAACACAUGAAUCGGAACGGCAGGACUGAAGAUCGUUAUCUAAACCAACGAAAUUAUGAAAAUGAAAGUUUGGACACGAGAAUGAUAUCCAGCUCAAUAACGUACGAAAAUUUUUGUUCUGAUCACAAUCUUAAUCAUUUAAGCAAGGGCAUUGCUAAUAUAACUAAUCAAAUUCAACCAAAACCUAUUAUAAAGGCCAAAGAUAAACCAUUGCUCAAUGACAUAAAUUCUAAUCACACCGAAAAUGAUUCUAUCAAUCGUAAUAACAACCAACAAUGUAAUAUUAACCGUGAACGUUUUGUUGAUAAUGCUCAAAACAAUACGAAAUCAAUAAAUCGUACGCAAGAAACUAAGGUAUUUUCAAGUUUAACUAACGUUAACGAUUUAAAUAGAGAGGAUAAUCAAAAGGAUAAGCAUGAUCAAAAAUUCGUUGUAUCGCAAAGGAAAGAUUCUUAUCCUAGGACUAUGAUGCAGGCUUCUAAACCGCAUGUUAGUUUUGUUGCCGAUAAUCCUUAUUAUAAUCUCCAAGAUUUAAAUCAACAACCGAAUUCCAACGGGGGCGACUUUUGGCCGUCCUCUCAGCUUAAUUCCGGUCAUUCAUCUUACAUGCCACAAUCGUUCGUUCCAUUCCAAAUUAAUAGUAUUGAUAAUGAUUCUCACUCACACUUGGUUAAUCAAAGAACCCAAGGCGCCCUGUUCCUGCAUCCCAAUGAUGCGUAUAAUAUUAAUCACCAGGCAACACAUAACAAUUUCAACAGAGAAAUUCCGCCAUCACAAACUGAUUUAUCUACAUCUCCCCCUCCCGCCUUACAUCCGUCACCUAAUUUAAGACAAAUGUUGCCUCCACAUCACCUUUUCUCCGGUCUUCCGUCCAUGUCUAGUUUUAGUAACAGAGGUAUGUCCUCUGAUAAUGACCAAGAAGAAGUGGGUGACCCAUCUAAUGAUACGUUGCAAAACAACAAUCUGAAUAACCAAAUUAUUCAAGAUGGCCACUUGAGCCGUCUAAAUAACCUCAGAGAAGAAGAUAGAUUAUUAAGGCAUCAACAACAAAAUUACGAAGAAAUAAUGUUAUACCAUCACCAACAUAUAAACUCCCACGAGCCCAAUCUUCAUAAUAACAAUAAUUACGUCCAUUUACCGCUGCUCCCUUCUUUUGAAGAAUCGACAGCUAUCAAUAGCAAUGGCGAAGAGGGAAAGGACGAUAAUAAUGUAGAUUGUGGCAAUAAUACCGACGAGGGAAAUAGAAUCAGCCUCAUGUCUUUUCGGCAAGAUGAAGGAAACUGUGGCAGUAAUAAUAAGAAUCAUCUGAAUAUGAACGGACGUCGUAAUUUUACUAUCAUAGAACAAGGUUCGAAUGAUAUAAAUCGCGCUUACGCAAGUAUCAGGAACAACGAAAGAAUGACAAAUUAUGGUGAAAAUAAUGAAUGUCAAGACGCUGACAACGAUGUUAAUAAUCAUCAAGGUGAUAGAGGACAACUAAUGCAUUACCAGAAUAGACUAAGACUCAUGAAUCCGCCUACCACUGAGACCGGGGAUGCCCUGGGCAGCGCAUUGGCAUCGAUAUAUUCUUCUGAUCAACAAAUUCCAUAUUUACCACCUCACAUUCCCAACAAUUACGAUAGUCUCUCGCCACUCAAAUCAGGAGGGCGGAACAAUUGGUACCCCAAUGGCAACUUAAAAUUGAAUCAUAAAUCUACCAACGAACUCCAAAUCCCGUCACAAGCGACACUUAUGCAAUUGGGAAAAUACGCACAUAUGAAUAUGCCGGGGACGACUACCACCAAUAACAGCAACGGGAUGGAAGAAAACUUAGACGACGCGAUUCACGUGCUAAGGCAUCAUGCGUUUAUUAAUCACCAUCAGGCUUCAGGGUAUUCUCCCCUGCCAUCACGCGACUCAUUAAUACAAGAUGGUGGUGACCAUGGGAUAAACAGAAGAAACAAAAAGGAACUUAUGCCAGCAGCUGUCCCUUCCAAAAAGGGCAGGCCACCUAAUUCUUCCAAAAAGGUAUUGGGUUCAAAUGCUCCUGGGGCUAAAAUCAAAGAAAAGAAAACGAAUAAGACAAGCACCGUUAACGAAGUUUUGAAUAAAGGAAUUGACCAAAACACCGAAGGGAGCGUCAUUAAGGGAUCUGCUAAGCCAUUGAAUACGUCUAUGCCAACUCUCAACAAUAAUUUGGCAUCUGGCUACACUGAAAUUCAGUAUCCAAAUGAAUACGGGUCGCUACCUUCAAUAUCUGGUUUAAUCGGAACUUCUGGUAGCAUGUACCCAUACAACGAUACUCCUCUUAACAAAUCAAAUGAACACCUCUUAUCUUUAGAUACUCGGACCCAACAACAAAACGUCCUUGACGCAAUGAAUCUCAAUUCCAUUAACGAUAACAAUAGCAGCCAUAACAAUAAUGCCACUCAUUACGAUAUAGACUUAUUAAAUUCUCAACACAAAAUCAUAACUAUCAACAAUAAUAAUAACGUUCAGUCUGGAGGUGCACCUAACUUACCAUCCCUCUCUCUUCCAUCCAAAAAAUCUUCCUCUAAACAUACCAUAGACACAUCCUCCUCCUCAAUAAUCAUAAAACAUCACAUGAAUGUCUUGCCAUCUACCGUAAUUACAAGCCUUCCUUCCGCCCAAAAUAUAGAUCAAAAUUAUAUAAGCACCGAUAAUCCAUCAUCGCCAAAUCAUUCCAAUUAUCAUCACUCUUCUCCUAAAGAAUUCGCUUUCCUUCCUGGCUAUCAACAUACCAAUAGCCAUCACAUGAAUAAGUUGGAAAACGGCCCUGGUCAUGGACCUGAUUAUUUUUUAUUAGAUAACGAAACAAGCCAAAGCAAUCUUGAUUUGAAUGUAAACACCUCGAAUCACGAUACGAACGAAGAUAAUUCCGUUUUCAAUGACUCAUUCAUUUCACCCGGUUCUAACUCGAGUUUGCAAAACAGCAUUAACGGGACUGGUAAUUUGAAACGCAGAAAUCGAAAUAACCCCCAGGAAGAUUUAGAUCCGGUAGUGAAAAUUGAAAAAGACAAAGAACGUCGGCAUGCUAAUAAUGCCAGAGAAAGAGUUCGCGUGCGGGAUAUAAAUGAGGCUUUUAAAGAGCUUGGUAGAAUGUGUAUGAUUCACACUCAGAGUGAUAAAGCUCAAACCAAAUUGGGAAUACUGCACUUGGCUGUUAACGUUAUCACUCAACUUGAACAACAAGUUCGAGAACGCAAUCUGAACCCUAAAACGGCUUGCCUCAAACGAAGAGAUGACGAUCAUUCACGUUCUUCUUCUACUCUUCAUAGGGAUAAAAAUUAUCAUCACGAAACAAGCAAUGCCGUUUCAAAUCUUAACCAAGCCCUAAAUUCCAUAUUUGAAGCCACUAAAUAUAUAUCGCCCUCUAAUAACCUCAACAAUAUAAAUAAUAUAAGUGGGCAUUUAACUUCUAAUAAAGCGAAUUCAUCAAAUUCUAACCUGACUUUCCACGAGGUUUUAGGUGGGGGAGGACCAACAUCUAAUAUAAAUGCUGUAAAACAGGCUUUAAAUGAAAUAAUGAAAGAAUCGUUGUAAUUUAAUAACGCCCCACUACCCACAUUUUAUUAUAUACCUUAAAUUUAACCUUCAAGCUCGUGCCAAUUAUAUAUAACAUAUUAUUUAAACAUACAUUUUGUACAUAUACUUCUUUUAUUAUUAUAUUUAAGUACAUGAUCAUUGAUUUUGACACAAAAUAAUUAUUUUAUUUAUUUUUUUUAAAGAUAUUUUAAAAAUAAAAUUUAUUUUCUCUUUUUACCAGUUUUUAAGGUAUUCUCUUCCAUUUGACAUUUUUAUUUGCCAAAUUAAUAAAUUUUUUAAGAAAAGUUCUAAUUUCUAAAACCAAAGAUUAAAUUUUGCCAAAAUUAUAUUUUAUCCCAUCCAUAUUUUUAUUUGUCUAUGUUA